AUGUCUAAAGGCAUGCACGGCAUGACGCCGGAGGAGCAGGCGGCCUUUAGAGCCGCAAAUCGCUCCGGCGAGGUCUACACGAUCCACGGCGUCUUUUUCGGCCUCGCGAUCCUUUCGGUUUGUGCGCGGCUCGGCGCCGCCAGGCACUCGGGGCGGAAGAUCGGCCUGGACGACUGGCUUGCCGUGGCCUCGUUGUUCUUCAUCGUUGGGGUGUUCACGGGCACCAUGUUCUGGCUUAAGUUCGGGCUGGGCAGGCAUGAGGCCGUCGUACAAGAGGAAGACCCCUUGAACAUCAUGCAUUUUUAUCAAACCAUCUACGCAAACGAGAUACUGUACCCGAUGGGACUGGCGAGCGCGCGGCUUUCUCUCGUGGUCUUGUACCAACGCAUCUUUGGGCUCUUCAGCGCGCGGUACUAUCUACACGGCCUCCUGGCCUUCAUUGGAGCGUGGGCGAUUUAUGCUACCAUACCGACGAUUGUUGCGUGCACCCCCGUGCAGAACUUUUGGACGACGCACAAGAACUGCAUUGAGCUCUCUAACCUCUACAUCAGCAUCGCAGUCGGGAGCAUUGUGACCGACUUCGUGCUGAUAAUCAUCCCGAUACCAUACGUGAUGAGGCUGACGAUGUCCCCGAUUAAGAAAGGUCUUCUCAUCUCGUCGUUUGUGUUUGGAGGCUUCAACUGUUUCAUAACAAUUAUUCGACUGAUCAAGGUGUCGACGUUUGAUUACGGCGAUCCCACCUGGGGAACCGUGGAUCUGAUGAUCUGGACGGGUCUGGAGGCCUACUGUGCCGUCAUCUGCUGCUGCCUACCGACUCUGAGGCCUUUGCUCCACAUGUAUCGCUGUGGAAGCAACUUCAAAGACAGCGAACGCAACCCCGGAGAGAUGAGCCACCCCGUGUAUCUGAAGAUGCCGCCCAAGGUGGCCUCCCGCUCGUCUGAAGAGGCCCUCGAGGAGUACAACUUCGUCAAGAUGAGCCUGGCCGAUCUUCAACAGUACAGCAGGCGGUUGACCCUUCAAGCUAUCCCUACCCUACCGAACCUUCCCACCCUCGAUACCAUCAAUACCCUUUCUGAGCCCCCUACUACUGUGGUCGACAGUCAAACGUAA